UGCUUCCUGGCUUUACUCACAUGCACAGAGGAGGAAGAGCUGUAGAGUCUUAGCCACACAUGAAGCAGCUCUGUCUAUUUUAAACCACACCGGAUUGGACUGAGGAUAUCUUUAUAUCUCUGGCGGUGUGUGACAGAUUGUGUCUUUGAAACAGGGCCAGGGCACAGUUUGAGCUGAGUUGAACAUUUUUAUUUUUGGGGUGAUUUUUUGUCCAUCUGUAGGUGGACGUGUGAGUGUGUCUGUGCGAGUGAGUCUGUAUGAGUGUGUGAGAGGAAACAAGGAGCAGAAUGAUUGCGGCCCAGCUACUAGCCUAUUACUUCACUGAGCUCAAGGAUGACCAGGUUAAAAAGAUCGAUAAGUACCUGUACUCCAUGCGUUUCUCUGAUGAGACGUUACUCGACAUCACGCAGCGGUUUCGGAGGGAGCUGUCCAAAGGACUCGGCCGGGACACGAAUCCCACUGCUGCGCUGAAGAUGCUGCCAACGUUUGUGCGGUCAAUCCCUGAUGGAUCAGAGAAAGGAGACUUCAUUGCUCUGGAUUUGGGAGGCAGCAACUUCAGGAUCCUCCGCGUCAAAGUGAGCCAUGAGAAGAAACAGACCGUUCAGAUGGAAAGCCAAAUCUACGACACACCGGAGGACAUCAUGCACGGCAGUGGAACAAGACUGUUCGACCAUGUGGCAGAGUGUCUCGCUGACUUCAUGGAAAAACACAACAUCAAAGACAAGAAACUCCCAGUUGGGUUUACCUUCUCCUUCCCCUGCCAGCAGACCAAACUAGAUGAGGGCUACCUGAUAACGUGGACAAAGCGUUUCAAGGCCAGCGGAGUGGAGGGGAUGGAUGUUGUCAAGCUGCUCAACAAAGCCAUCAAGAAACGAGGCGACUAUGAUGGUGACAUCAUGGCAGUUGUGAAUGACACCGUGGGAACCAUGAUGACCUGUGGCUUCGACGACCAGCGCUGCGAAGUCGGCAUCAUCAUCGGUACGGGCACCAAUGCGUGCUACAUGGAGGAGCUGCGUCACAUUGACCUGGUGGAGGGAGACGAGGGCCGGAUGUGUGUGAACACCGAGUGGGGAGCCUUCGGAGACGACGGAAGGCUGGAAGACAUCAGGACAGAGUUUGACAGGGAGAUAGACCGAGGCUCCAUCAACCCAGGCAAACAGCUAUUUGAGAAGAUGGUCAGUGGGAUGUACCUGGGGGAGCUGGUUCGUCUCAUCCUGGUGAAGAUGGCCAGAGAAGGCCUGCUGUUUGAGGGAAGGAUCACCCCUGAGCUUCUGACUAAAGGGAAGUUUGAGACCAAGCACAUCUCGGCCAUAGAGAAGAGUAAGGAGGGCUUGUCCAAGGCAAGAGAGAUUUUAAUCAAACUUGGCGUCGAGCCCUCAACGGAAGACUGCAUCGCUGUGCAGCAUGUUUGUGCCAUCGUGUCUUUCCGCUCUGCCAACCUGAUAGCUGCCACACUGGCUGCCAUUCUAAAGAGGCUAAAGGAGAACAGAGGAGUGGCACGUCUCCGAACCACUGUCGGGAUUGACGGCUCUCUGUACAAGAUGCACCCACAGUAUGCCCGUCGUCUUCAUAAGACUGUCCGACGUUUGGUCCCUGACUCCGACGUCCGAUUCCUCCUCUCAGAGAGCGGCAGUGGAAAAGGUGCUGCCAUGGUGACAGCUGUGGCCUACAGACUCGCCGAACAGUCGCGACACAUUGCCCAAACACUGUCUGAAUUCCGCCUGACAAACGAACAGCUGCUAGAGGUAAAGAAGCGAAUGAGGACAGAGAUCCAAAAUGGCCUUUCAAAGAGCACUCAGGACUCUGCCACUGUCAAAAUGUUGCCAACCUUUGUACAAAGCACUCCCGACGGCUCAGAACAUGGUGAUUUCCUGGCUUUGGAUUUAGGAGGAACCAACUUCAGAGUUCUGAUGGUCAAGAUUCGUUCUGGAAAGAGGAGAACGGUGGAGAUGCACAACAAGAUCUACGCUAUUCCUAUGGAGGUGAUGCAGGGAACAGGAGAGGAGCUGUUUGAUCACAUUGUGCAGUGCAUCAGCGACUUCCUGGACUACAUGGGCAUGAAGAACGCUCGCCUUCCUCUUGGCUUCACCUUUUCGUUCCCCUGCCGACAGACCAGGCUGGAUGCUGGCAUCUUGGUGACAUGGACAAAGGGCUUCAAGGCGACAGACUGUGAAGGAGAAGAUGUGGUGGGACUGUUGAGGGAGGCCAUUAAGAGGAGAGAGGAAUUUGACCUGGAUGUGGUGGCCAUCGUCAACGAUACGGUGGGAACCAUGAUGACCUGUGCCUACGAAGAACCCACCUGUGAGGUUGGACUCAUCGCUGGUACCGGCAGUAACGCGUGCUACAUGGAGGAGAUGAAGAACAUUGAGAUGAUAGAUGAAGACGAGGGACGGAUGUGUGUCAACAUGGAGUGGGGGGCCUUCGGAGACAACGGAUGCCUUGACGACAUCAGGACGGAGUACGACCGAUCUGUGGACGACUUCUCCCUCAAUCCAGGCAAACAGAGAUAUGAGAAAAUGUGCAGCGGCAUGUACCUCGGUGAGAUCGUGCGGAACAUCCUCAUAGACAUGACCAAGAAAGGAUUUCUGUUCAGGGGACAGAUUUCUGAAACACUGAAGACUAGAGGCAUCUUCGAAACAAAGUUCCUCUCACAGAUAGAAAGUGACAGACUGGCUUUACUGCAGGUGAGAUCCAUCCUGCAACACUUAGGUCUGGACAGCAGCUGUGAUGACAGUAUCAUCGUCAAAGAGGUGUGCGGAGCUGUGUCACGGCGUGCCGCUCAGCUGUGUGGUGCAGGAAUGGCGGCUGUGGUUGAUAAGAUUAGAGAGAACCGAGGACUGGACCAUCUGGACAUCACCGUAGGGGUCGACGGGACAUUGUACAAACUACAUCCACAUUUCUCCCGGAUCAUGCACCAGACGGUAAACGAACUGGCUCCUCAGUGUAACGUCAACUUCCUUCUGUCGGAGGACGGCAGCGGGAAAGGAGCUGCUCUCAUCACAGCUGUGGGCUGCCGGCUGAGGCAGGAGCUGAACAACAAAUAGAAAAAAAAACAAAAAUCUCCUCCGUCUCACCCCCUCGACACCUCACCCAUUGUCUCCUUUCUUCCUUAAUCAAACGAGUCCAAUCAACACAUCACGCCCCAGUAGCUGCUUUAGUCCGUCUGCGUGACUGAGAGAAAAGGAGUCGGCUCUCUCUGUUGUGUUUAGUCGCAGAGAGUCAGGCACUCUGUCGUAGUUAGAUUAUUUUUUGAUUAACCAUUGUAACAGCACCCAGUCUCUUAAGGGGUUUGCAGUUUUUGUGAUUCCUGAGGUUAAACUUAUCAUAGGGAUAAAACACGCACAUUCAACUCCUGGAAAAAUAGAAAAAAUGGAAAAAAAAAAAUUUGCAGGGCAGAAAGAGGGGGAAAAAAAUACUUGACACACUCCUGUAAAGGUCCUCUGUCUCCACCUGGAGGAUUCGUCUGGUAACCACAGUCUGUUACAAACUUCCCAGCACACCAGUUGCAGGGUGUUGAUCCUUGUGACGUGUUCAAUAGAUGCAGGGACAUAAAAACACUGUUUUACACCAAAGUCACCAAAGUGUGUCUGCUGUGGACUACUCACUGUCUGUACAGGAAGAUAUAUAUAUAAAAAAAAAAGAUAAGAGAUGAUAUAUGUGUAAUGAGAUGAAAGGGAAUAUUUUUGCUUUAAGAUUUUUAAUAUCUUACCCGAAUAUAAUACAAUAUGUUAUACAUAUAAUGUUGCUAUUUAUUUUAUUUUUAUAUUGGGAGAUGUUGAAAAAAAAAAAAAUGUUACUGUUGCAAUAAUGAUGCACACAGAAAUCAGCAAAGUUCCCUCAGAUGGUGGCCGUCCUCUGUUUACGGGCAGCAACGUGACUGAAGAGGGACUUCUUCUUGAUCAGCAGGAAAUCGUUUCUGAAUGUGCACGCUUGGUAGAUUGUAAGACGGCAAUCUCUAUUAUUAUCUGUGCUCUAAUGUAAAAAAAAAUAUGUCCUGCUGUCGGUACUAAUCACAGCUGUUGUUGUUGUUGUCUGUAGAAGUUCGCUCAUCGCCACGGUGAGACUUAUCAGUUACCUAGCAACAGCCAUGAAACAGGCAAUUGGUGCUAACAUGAAUGCCAGAGGAACAACCAUGGCCAAACUGUAUGAAUAUACAAGAACAUCACAGUAGCCGAGACUUUUAAGAGGAAUUCAAAUGUUUUGGCAAGAAAGCAUAUCCUUACACCGACAAGCUCCCAACAGCUCAGGAGGGUGUUCAACUACUGUAUGGCUCAUUCAUGUAGCACAAUUCAUGCAAAUUCUGAAGUAUUUAUUUUCUCUUCAUCUAGAUGAUCACUAAUAUUGAAAGACUGGUGAGUUUGUUCACCGGCAGUUUUAUGAGACAGUUAUCAAUGUAGAGGCUGGCCUCUUUUUUUUGAUCAAAUAUGAAGAUGUUUGAGACCAUAAGACGGAAAAAUGAUCUAUUCUGAGGUCAGUGGUACCGAGAUUCAACACUUUAUUUUCCUGCCAUCUUUGUAAAAUACCAAACGAGUUAGUGGAAUUUUCUUUUCCACCUUUUAAUCAAACUGUCAGGAUAAAAAAAAAAAAAAAAAAAGGCCAGCCUCUCCAGCGCGUCCUAAGCUACUCCGUCUUCCCCAAAUUACUCAGUCUAAACGCCAACCCUCGUCAUUCACAGAACACCUUAAUCUCUUUGCUUCUGUUCACAAAGCCUAGACUGUAUCUGUCCAACACUGUCAAUCAGUCACUAAAUAAAAACAAACCUGUGUCAAUCUGAA